ACGUAACUGCAAAAUCGGGUGAAAAUAAGCCGAGUUGGGCGUAACCCUCCUCAAGCAGUCAACUCGUCAUUUCGAAGGAUCAGCUCGAACAGUAUAGCAUCGUGCAAGAACCGCCUGCGCCUGAAAAAGAACUCAUCAUGGUAGGAUUGAAGUGUGUGUUCCUCGUCUCGCUGGUAGCCAGCGCGCUCGUCGUUGGCAAUGCCGAGAGCGACACGCUGGACAGCCUGCUUCGGCGGGUACUCAACCAAAUGCACGCCCGGGCUGUGCAGGACGCCCAAGAGUACGUGCAACGCCUGAUGACUGCAGCGUCGGCAAGCGACGGCACGUCAUCCAUUGAGCGCCUCUCCGUCCUAGACAUGACCAGCGGUAAACUGUUGGCGUCGGGCGGGCAAGGAGCGGUACCGCUAUCGGACGACGAUAAGGCUAAAAUCGCCGGCGCUGUCAAGAACGGGCGCUACCAGAUGUUCGAGAGCGCAGGGCUGAAGGUGGACAGCAAAACAUACCGUCUGUUUAUGAGCACCGCCAGCCAGGCCGUGGUCCGAUUCGGGAACAGGAGCGGCACUAUCCUGGUCAAGAAGACCGGGGUUGGAGCCUUGAUUGUCCGGGUGCCGGCAGGCAAGCUGAACCAGGCAACUAUCAAGGCAUUGGCAGAUACCUCAAAGUAGGCUUAACAAUUAAGCACAAAAUAAAAUACGAACCACUAAAACCGUGCGAGUAUUUACUCCAGGGGAGUUUUUUUGAAUAGUAUAAUUAUAGAAAGAUGAUGAAAACAACAAAAAAAGAUGUAUCGAUCAUGAUUAUGGCGAUUUUAUUAUUUUUUUCAAUAGCAAUUACCAACAGAGUGGCAUUCUGAAAAAAACGAACGUUUUUAGUCAAAUUUAACUCGGUCAUAAUUCAUGCAAUUUACAACCCCACAAGCAAGUGAUUUAUUUUUCAUAUUUUGUCCUUGGAGUGCUUCACUAAUCUUUCAGGUAUUCAAGCCGGUGUUAUCAAAUUGGUCUGUAGUUUCGAUAAAUAAAACAAAACUCUUCCAUAUUUCACAAGGAACACACAAAUUCAUAUGUACCUAUGAAAAAUGAAACCUAUGUACUCUUUUACAUAUAGCAUGUAUGCUUAACAUUUGAAGAUGUAUCAAUACCAUUAAAACAGCAGAGAGAAAUUUGCAACAAAAAGUCAUCAUACUUGA